GACGAAAAGCCAUCAUCGAAUAAACAUGAAGUAUCUGCAGGUACUGAUCUCCGCGCUGGCGAUCGCCGCCACUUUUGCCCUGCCAAACGGGAGGGCAGAGUCACGAAUUGCUGCUCGGUCUCUGGAUUAUGGUGGAAGAAAAUUUUCCGACCAAACUAGCUACUACGAAGAGCUUGGUAUCCCUAUCUUUGAUGGCCCUGACUACAACCCUCCCGAGCACAAGCCCCUAGAGGAUCCGUACCAAUACGAGCACUACGAGCAUCGCGACGAAUUCUUGGGCCCAUCAACAUACGAACUUUUCCAGAACGCCGACCUUGACCGCAGCGAAGUGGUGGUGCUCGUGGGCAGCGGACUGGCGGAGCUAAUGAGAGUUUCCCUGGAGAAGAGCUACGGUUCCGGAAUGCAGGAAUUCAAAGACGUCAGCCUGGCCAUGGUGGCUGCAGCUCGUCACGUGCUGGAGAAUCGCGUUGCCAAAGGAAUUCCUGUUACUGAAAAGCAGUUCGAGAAUCUGCAGCGCGUUGAGGAACGUUUGUCCGCUGUCAUGGACGCAAUCGCCGCCACCUUCGACGAAAAUGUGAACACCCGUUAUUCACUGCCAAACUUCUUCAAGACAUUCGACUUCACUCCCGUGGAGAGAUCCAGGCUCCUGGCAAGAAUCAUUCCUAGUCUUAGCAAGACAAUAUUCCAGGCCCAGGAAGGCACCACUGCUCAAUAUUUCAGUGACGCAUAUGACAUUUUCCUUCCAGCCAUCAGAAAGUUCCUGGAAGAGCGAGUAGCCGAGGGCAAGAAAGUGCCUGGCGAGCUAUUCCAGCGCCUGGAAAGAGCUGAGAGGUUGCAGCCAGCUCUCAAUCAAGCCUUUGUGACUGUCGUCCACGAUAAGUUUCUCGUUGACUUCAUGAAGAGACUGGAGCUUGACCCUCAGGAAAGAGCAAAGUAUCUAGUCAAUGGCUUCUUCGCUUCCAUGGACGCCAUGUUCGAGGACACUGAUGCCUCUGCUGCUGAAAUGAUGCGUGACGUCACCCUUGCAUACAUACCCGCGUCCCGCCAGGUCUUCGAGGACCGCCUGGCUGCCGGCAAGCCCGUGACGCAAGAAAACUUCGAUAAUUUGGAAAGAAUGGAGAGAACCCUGCCCGUCAUCCUGAACGCCUACGUCCAGGUGGUCGACGACCUCGGCAUCCCAUAAAUGACUUAACAACACGGCGCUGACUUCCUAAGAGUUCAUUUCUUCAUUUGGUUGAUGAUGUUAAAUACCUAUUUGUUUUAGACAUUUAUCAUGACUUAAAUCGGUAUCUUCUAACGUGAAGUUACUUCAAAAUGUCCUGUAUAUUAAUGUACCUAUUUAACCUUUUAUUUCCAUCUUCACAUCAAUGCUCUCUUGUAAGUUGCGUUAAAUAAAUAUGUCCACUCAAA